AUGUGUUCUGUGUCCUUCGUGUUCUGUAUAUCCUUUGUGUUCUAUCUGUUCUACGUGUUCUAUGUGUCUAUCUGUUCUAUGUGUUCUGUGUCCUUUGUGUUCUGUAUACCCUUUGUGUUCUAUGUGUCCUUCAUGUUCUAUGUGUCCUUCAUGUUCUAUGUGUCCUUCAUGUUCUAUGUGUCCUUCAUGUUCUAUGUGUCCUUCAUGUUCUAUGUGUUCUUCAUGUUCUAUGUGUUCUUCGUGUGCUAUGUGUUCUUCGUGUGCUAUGUGUUCUUCGUGUGCUAUGUGUUCUACGUGUUCUAUGUGUCUAUCUGUUCUAUGUGUUCUGUGUUCUUGGUGUCCUGCGUGUCCUUCGUGUCCUAUGGGUCCUACGUGUCCUAUUGGUUAUAUGUGUCCUAUGCGUUCUAUGUGGCCUAUGCUUGUCGAAGGAGCCGACUGAAAUAA